CUGACAAGCUGAACCGUUGCUGCUCCGAGUCGUUGGGCCUGCUCCUCCGUGACACCGCCGCGGCUCCUGACAGCAUCCCUGGCUGUGGCCUCCAGCGUCUGGUGUCACCCAGCAUGUCACACGGAGGCUGAGCUGCGGACACCCCAGGCUUGUCACCCCGCCGCACACAGCUGCAGAAGACUACACACCCAUUGCUGGAAUACUUUAACAUUACAAUGAAGGUUGCAGUUUCCUAGCUUCAUGGCAUCUGAGGUCUUUGGUAGAGACAUCGGCAACAUUAAAGUGUAAAAAAAGGAUUCAUGGCAGUAGAGUGAAUAAUGAUGGCUGGCAUGAUGCCCCCUGUGAAGUUAAAAUGGCUGGAGCACCUAAACAGCUCCUGGAUUACAGAAGAUAGUGAGUCUAUCGCUACCCGGGAAGGUGUCUCUGUCCUGUACGCUAAGUUGGUUAGCAACAAAGAGGUGGUUCCACUUCCACAGCAGGUCCUAUGUCUCAAGGGACCCCAGCUGCCAGAUUUUGAGCGGGAGUCAUUGUCAUGCGACGAGCAGGAUCACUACCUGGAUGCUUUACUCGGCAGCCAGCUGGCUCUGGCCAAGGUGGUGUGUUCUGACUCUCCAUUUGCUGGGGCUCUACGGAAGAGACUGCUGGUUCUCCAAAGGGUUUUCUAUGCUCUUUCUAACAAGUAUCAUGACAAAGGCAAAGUUAAACAACAGCAGCAUUCACCUGAGAAUAGCUCUGGCUCUGCAGACACCCUGUCUGUCAGUGAGCGGCCACGCUCUAGUACCGAUGCGCUUAUUGAAAUGGGCGUGAGGACUGGUCUGAGCCUACUUUUUGCUCUACUGAGGCAGAGUUGGAUGCUGCCAACUGCUGGAUCUGGUUUGAAUCUGUGUAAUGAUGUUAUACAAACAGCCAUUGAUGUUGUAAAUUCCCUGCCCCCUUUAUCUCUUGCCAAUGAGAGCAAAAUACCACCUAUGGGACUGGACUGCUUGGCACAGGUCACCACCUUCCUGAAAGGGGUGACUGUUCCCAAUUCUGGGGCAGACACUUUGGGGAGACGCUUGGUUUCAGAACUGCUCCUUGGCCUUGCCUCUCAGCGUGGCUCCCUUCGCUACCUCUUGGAAUGGAUUGAAAUGGCACUGGCAGCGUCUGCUUUGGUUAAUGAGGCAGACCAGAACAAGACGCUAACCACCCAGGAAGGCAUGAUCAGCUGUGACUGCUUCAUUAGCAUCCUUUUGCAGAUGAGGAAAUCCCUGGGAUCAUCAGCAGACAGAAGUCAGUGGAGAGAGCCCACCAGAACAGCAGAUGGCCUGUGCUCUCUGUAUGAAGCUGCAUUGUGUCUCUUUGAGGAGGUUUGUCAAAUGGCCUCUGACUACUCAAGAACCUGUGCUAGCCCAGACAGCAUCCAGACUGGAGAAAGUCCGGUGGUGUCAGAGACGUGUGAAGUAUACGUAUGGGGAAGUAAUAGCAGCCACCAGCUAGUGGAGGGGACUCAAGAGAAAAUAUUACAGCCAAAGUUAGCUCCCUGUUUCUCAGAUGCGCAGACAAUCGAAGCUGGACAGUACUGCACUUUUGUUAUAUCAACUGAUGGCUCGGUAAGAGCCUGCGGGAAAGGCAGCUAUGGGAGACUAGGUCUCGGGGAUUCCAACAACCAGUCUACCUUGAAGAAACUUACCUUUGAACCUCACCGUUCUAUCAAGAAAGUUUCCUCCUCCAAAGGAUCUGACGGCCAUACGCUAGCAUUCACCGCUGAAGGGGAGGUUUUCAGCUGGGGAGAUGGUGACUAUGGAAAGCUGGGCCAUGGUAACAGCUCCACACAAAAAUAUCCAAAGCUUAUUCAAGGGACUCUACAAGGAAAGGUUGUAGUAUGUGUUUCAGCUGGCUACAGGCACAGUGCCGCUGUCACAGAAGAUGGAGAGCUCUAUACGUGGGGAGAAGGAGAUUUUGGAAGAUUAGGUCAUGGAGAUAGUAAUAGUCGGAACAUCCCCACCCUGGUAAAGGAUAUCAGUAAUGUAGGUGAAGUUUCCUGUGGGAGCUCUCACACAAUUGCCUUGUCUAAAGAUGGAAGAACCGUCUGGUCUUUUGGUGGAGGAGAUAACGGAAAGUUGGGCCAUGGAGAUACCAACAGGGUAUACAAACCAAAGGUGGUGGAAGCACUACAAGGAAUGUUCACAAGGAAGGUGUGUGCAGGCAGUCAGUCCUCCCUAGCGCUGACGUCGACAGGACAGGUUUAUGCUUGGGGCUGUGGAGCUUGCCUAGGGUGUGGAUCUUCGGAAGCAACUACCUUGCGUCCCAAACUUAUUGAAGAGCUAGCUGCCACAAGAAUAGUGGACAUUUCUAUAGGAGACAGCCACUGUCUUGCACUUUCACACGAUAACGAAGUUUAUGCAUGGGGCAAUAAUUCUAUGGGACAGUGUGGACAAGGUAAUUCAACUGGCCCCAUUACUAAACCAAAAAAAGUGAGUGGACUAGAUGGAGUGGCUAUACAGCAGAUCUCAGCAGGGACAUCCCACAGCCUGGCAUGGACAGCUCUGCCUAGAGACAGACAAGUGGUUGCAUGGCAUCGUCCCUACUGUGUUGAUCUAGAAGAGAGCACCUUCUUCCAUUUGCGAUCCUUCUUAGAACGAUAUUGUGAGAAGAUAAAUAGUGAUGUCCCACCUUCUCCUUUCCCGUCAUCCAGAGAACAUCAUCACUUCUUAAAGCUUUGCCUGAAAAUGCUCUCAAAUCAUCUAGCCCUCGCUCUUGCGGGUGGAGUUGCUACCAGUAUUUUGGGUCGUCAAGCAGGCCCCCUUCGCAACUUGCUUUUUCGGCUAAUGGAUGCAAGUGUUCCAGAUGAAAUUCAAGAGGUUGUGAUUGAGACCCUUUCAGUUGGAGCAACCAUGCUGCUGCCCCCUUUACGGGAAAGGAUGGAGUUGCUGCAUUCUCUUUUGCCUCAGGGGCCAGAUAGAUGGGAAAGUCUCUCUAAGGGCCAGAGAAUGCAGCUGGAUAUUAUUCUCACAAGCUUGCAGGAUCACACACACGUGGCAUCAUUACUGGGAUAUAGUUCUCCUUCGGAUUCCUCUGACAGCUCAUCCUUGCCUCUUUCUUAUGGCUCAAGCUCUGACCCCAGCUACAUUUCCCAGACCAGCCAUCCAGACACUCACUUGGCUGAGAUCCUGAUGAAGACACUUCUCCGAAACCUGGGCUUCUACACGGACCAAGCUUUUGGAGAAUUGGAGAAAAAUAGUGAUAAGUUAAUUGUAGGAGCCUCCUCAUCAGAAAACAGCCAACCGGCCCAUCUUCACGAGCUGCUUUGCUCUUUACAGAAACAACUACUAGCUUAUUGCCAUACGAACAACAUAAGUGAGAACUCCAGCAGUGUUGCUUUGCUUCACAAACAUCUACAGCUCCUGCUUCCUCAUGCAACAGACAUCUACUCCCGGUCUGCUACGCUUUUGAGGGAAAGCCCAUGCAAUGGGAGUGUGGGUGAAAAACUGCGUGAUGUUGUUUAUGUGUCUGCAGCUGGCAGCAUGCUGUGUCAGCUUAUCAAUGCAUUGCUGUUACUGCCAGUUUGGGUGGCCAGACCAUUGCUCAGUUACCUACUGGACCUACUGCCUCCACUAGAUUGCCUCAAUAGAUUGCUGCCUGCAGCUGUUCUUCUGGAGGAUCAGGAGCUACAAUGGCCUCUACAUGGAGGACCAGAACAAGUUGACCCUGCAGGUGUAUUGUUGCCUGCACCAGCUCAGUUUUGGGUGUGGCUUGUGGACCUGGAGAGAACAGUUACAUUGCUGAUUGGGCGUUGCUUAGGGGGUAUGCUGCAAGGAUCACCCACAUCGCCAGAGGAGCAGGACACUAACUACUGGUUAAAGACACUACUGUUUGGGAAUGGUAUUGAGAUGGAUGUUCCUCAGCUGGACAAAUGCAUGAGUGUAUUGCUGGAAGUGGCAUUAUCUGCAAAUGAGGAACCGAAAACAUUUGAUUACAAGCUAAGACCAGAUGUUUCAAUUUUGGUUGAUUUGGCUGUUGGGUCCACAAAGGAGCCAGCACGCAGCUUGUGGAUGAGUAUGCAGGAUUAUGCUAUUAGUAAAGACUGGGACAGUGCUGUGGUUAGUAAUGAGUCAUUGCUGGACACCGUAUCGCGAUUUGUUCUUGCUGCCCUUCUAAAGCAUACAGGGCUUUUGUCACAAGCCUCCAGUGAAAGCAGAUAUCAGCCAGGGAAAUCCCUAGCCGAGGUAUUUCGAUGUGUGUACAAGGUCAGGAGUCGCUUGCUUGCCUGUAAGAACAUGGAACUGAUCCAAACUCGCUCCUCAUCAAGAGAGAGAUGGAUAUCAGAAAAUCAAGAAUCUGCUGAUUUAAGCUCCCAAGAAAAUUCUUUUACAAGGACUAUAGAUGAAGAGGCGGAACUAGAGGAACAAGCAGAAAGAGAAAGAGAAGAGGGGCACCCUGAACAGGAGGAAGAGGAGGAAGACCGUGAACAUGAGGUCCUCACUGCUGGCAAAAUAUUUCAAUGUUUCCUAUCAGCCCGCGAGGUGGCACGCAGCCGAGAACGGGACAGAAUAAGUAUUGGCUCAGCUGGGACCACUGGCCCAGGUACUAGAGAGGAGGAUCCGCAGCAGUUGGUACAGGACAGAAAGGACAGUGGGCACCUAGCAGAAGGUCAGGACCUGUAUACCGCAGCUUGUAAUUCAGUCAUCCACCGCUGUGCCCUUCUCCUACUUGGCGUUACUCCUGUAAUUGACUAUCUGGAUACGCCAACAGAGGAUGGGCAGCAACAAGUUUCUUCAGUGGCCACCCACGAAGCUACGGCAGCCAUGACAAGGAGUGAAAGUUUAACAGCAGAGAGGAGAUCUGUCCAUUCACAUCCCAACUAUAGGCUUAUCAAAUCUAGAAGUGAAUCUGACCUUUCCCAGCCUGAAUCUGAUGAGGAGGGAUAUGCCUUGAGUGGACGGCAGAACACAGACUCUGACCUUGUAUCCCAUAGAAGACGAGUGUCCCCAUCUGAGCACCCUGCCAAUGAUUCUUGGGCCCGGCUGAAGCACAAUCGGGAGUGGUUAUGUGGUUUAUCUUGUGGCUUUGAAACAGAUGCCGAACGUAGCAAAACUCUUGGAGUGCAUACACUGAUUGACAAUGUUCUAAGCUUUGUAAGUGGAGACGUAGGAGGUUCUCCAGGGUUUAAAGAGCCCGAAGAAGGAAUGUCCAGCUCUCCUCAGGCAUGCAUAAUUGCUAUGGAGCAGCAGCAACUCCGUGCUGAGUUGCGUUUGGAGGCCUUGCACCAGAUCCUUGUUCUUCUGUCUGGAAUGGAGGAGAAGGGAAAUGCCCAGACUUUAGCUAGUCGCCAGUCACUCACUACCUUUCAGUCCUCAUCUCUGCUUACCUCUGUGAGGCUGCAGUUUCUUGCAGGGUGUUUUGGGCUAGGUACUGUUGGUCAUACAGGCACUAAAGGAGAAAGUGUCCACCUCCAUCAUUACGAGGAUGGAAUACGGGCUUCAAAAAGGAGCAUACAGAUUGAGAUCCAGAAAGCUGUUCACAAAAUCUAUCAGCAGCUGUCUGCCACUCUAGACCGGGCUCUGCAGACAAACAAACACCAUGUGGAAGCUCAGCAACGCCUCCUGUUGGUGACCAUUUUUGCUCUUAGUGUUCGUUAUCAGCCAGUGGAUGUCUCUCUUGCAAUUUCGACUGGCCUGCUUAGUGUUCUUUCCCAACUCUGUGGCACUGAAACGAUGCUUGGACAACCUCUCCAGCUACUUCCCAAGUCUGGAGUUUCUCAACUGAGCACUGCACUUAAAGUAGCUAGUACUAGGCUGCUCCAAAUCCUUGCAAUUACUACAGGGACGUAUGCUGAUAAGCUAAGCCCGAAGGUGGUGCAGUCACUUUUGGACCUGCUCUGUAGCCAGCUAAAGAACCUUCUUUCUCAGGCUGGAGUCGUGCCUAUGUUUGGUGAAAAUGAGGAAGAAAAGAAAUCGGAGAUUCUAGGAGAGAGUGAAAGAAAGGACUUCAGAGCCACACUCAGGAAGCAACGCACCGCAGAGCUUCAUCUUGGAGACUUUUUAGUCUUUUUACGCAGAGUGGUGUCUUCUAAGGCUAUUCAGUCUAAGAUGGCAUCUCCCAAAUGGACAGAAGUCUUGCUGAAUAUUGCUUCUCAGAAAUGCAGCUCAGGUGUCCCACUUGUAGGAAACCUAAGGACAAGACUUCUGGCCCUACAUGUCCUAGAGGCUGUUCUGCCUGCAUGUGAGUCCGGCGUGGAUGAUGACCAGAUGGCUCAGGUGGUAGAGCGACUCUUCUCUCUCCUUUCAGACUGUAUGUGGGAAACACCCAUCGCUCAGGCUAAACAUUCUCAUCAACUGAAGGAGAAAGAGCAAGAAUCAAGACUACAGAAGCAAGGGGAACUGGAAGAGGAGGAGGAAGAUCUUCCUAUUCAGGAGGUUUCCUUUGAUCCUGAGAAAGCCCAGUGUUGCCUUGUGGAAAAUGGCCAAAUUCUAACCCAUGGAAGUGGUGGCAAAGGCUAUGGCCUGGCGUCAACUGGAGUCACGUCAGGCUGCUAUCAGUGGAAGUUUUAUAUCGUGAAAGAGAAUCGUGGCAAUGAGGGUACAUGUGUUGGUGUUUCCCGGUGGCCUGUGCAUGACUUCAAUCACCGAACCACCUCGGAUAUGUGGCUAUACCGAGCAUACAGUGGCAACCUGUAUCACAAUGGAGAGCAGACUCUGACCUUACCUAGCUUUACUCAGGGAGACUUCAUCACCUGUGUCCUUGACAUGGAAGCCCGUACCGUGUCAUUUGGUAAAAAUGGAGAGGAACCCAAACUUGCAUUUGAAGAUAUUGAUGCGGCAGAGCUGUACCCUUGUGUAAUGUUUUACAGUAGUAAUCCUGGAGAGAAGGUAAAGAUUUGUGAUAUGCAAAUGAGAGGCACUCCAAGAGACUUAUUACCAGGGGAUCCCAUCUGUAGUCCUGUAGCCACUGUCCUGGCUGAGUCAAGUGUACAGCUUCUCCGAAUAUUACAUCGUACUGAACGUUGGACCCACUGCAUUAACAAAAAGAUGGUGGAGCGUUUGCAGAAAAUCAAAGGUUGUCUGAGAGAAGCAGGCACCAAGUUAAAGAAAAGUCGGUCGGUCCAGAGUAGGGAAGAACAUGAAGUCCGUGAUGAGAAGGAGGAAGAGAAGGUGAAGCAUGCAAGACAUGGAUUGGCAGAGCUGGGUGAAACCCAGUUGAAGACUCUGUGCGUGGAUGUGUGGCCUGUUUUGGCUGUCAUUGGAGGAGUGGACACAGGACUUAGGGUGGGUGGCAGAUGUGUUCAUAAGCAGACGGGUCGUCAUGCCACUCUCUUGGGUGUAGUGAAGGAGGGCAGUACUUCUGCCAAAGUUCAAUGGGAUGAGGCAGAGAUAACCAUCAGCUUCCCAACUUUUUGGUCGCCUAGUGACACUCCUCUCUACAAUCUGGAGCCCUGUGACCCCCCUCCCUUCGAUGUGGCUCGUUUCCGUGGGCUGACUGCCUCUACACUACUUGACCUUACAUACCUGACAGGCAUCCAUGAAGAUAACAGCAAAUCUGGUGUUAAACGUCAUGAAAAGAAACACCGGCAUGAAUCUGAAGAGAAAGGAGACCCGGACCAAAAGGGUGACUGUGAAUCAACAGAGCGAGCCCCGGAGGAGAAAAUCAUCAGCAACAUCGCUUCUAAAUCUGAAAACGAAUCUAUUGCUCUUCUGAGUGAAGCCCCAGCAAACGAACAACAUCAUGCUGAUGGAAAACGUAAAAGUCACGACCACAUCUCGCGAAACCACGAUGUUUCCCAGUCUGAGAUUAGGGCUGUUCAAUUAUCCUACGUAAAUUUGGGAGCCAUGAAAUCCUUGGGAGCACUGCUAAGCUGCAGUAAAUAUGCUGAGCUGCUUCUUAUUCCAAAGGUGCUGGCAGAGAAUGGGCACAAUUCAGAUUGUGCAAGCUCCCCUGUCGUACAUGAGGAUGUAGAAAUGAGAGCCGCCCUGCAAUUUCUGAUGCGUCACAUGGUGAAGAGGGCUGUUAUGAGAUCACCCAUAAAGAGGGCAUUGGGACUGGCUGAUCUGGAGAGAGCACAAGCCAUUAUUUACGAGCUGGUGGUUCAUGGACUGCUGGAAGAGCAAUUUGGCAGCAGAAUUAAACCAGACAUAGAUCAGCAACCUGAAGAUAAUGACCAAGUUCAUCAAGCUCAAACACCAGUCACCACCAGCCCGUCUGCAUCCAGCACCACCUCGUUCAUGAGCAGCUCGCUUGAGGACACAACCACAGCUACCACUCCAGUGACGGACACUGAAACAGUGCCAGCAUCGGAGUCUCCUGGCGUCAUGCCUCUUAGCCUGCUGAGGCAAAUGUUUUCAAGCUACCCCACUACAACAGUGCUGCCCACCCGUCGUGCACAGACGCCUCCAAUCACAUCACUGCCAACAUCACCCACAGAUGAAGUGGGAAGAAGGCAGAGCUUGACAUCCCCUGACUCUCAGCCAUCAAGGCACACAAACCGUACAGCUCUGUCCGAUCCCAGUAGUCGCCUCUCUACAUCUCCUCCACCUCCCGCUGUGGUUGUUCCUUUACUAGAAAUGGGCUUCUCCAUAAGACAAAUCAAGAAGGCCAUGGAAGCCACUGGUAACUGUCUUGUAUAUCUCAAAGGUGCUCGAGAGGCUGACCCUCAGAAUAUCACUGUGUUGGCAAUGUGGAUGAUUGAGCAUCCAGACGAUGAGGAAAGAUACUCUGGCAGAACCAGUGAACAAUGCCAGGACGGUGCUAGUUCAGGUGCAGGGGGUAAAUCCAGUGAUGUUUUCACAGGGGACAUUUCCUCCUCCGAUGCUCCUGAAUUGGAAGAAUGCUUUUGUGAUAGUCCAGACAGCAUGGAACAAGCAGAAAAUGCUGGAGCAAGCAGCGGGCAACAGACCAGAGGCAGAUCCACUGUAACCAGGAGGCAAAAGUUUGAUCUGGCAGCAAGAACACUCUUGACAAGGGCUGCUGGAUUAUACCGCACCGUUCAAGCUCACCGCAACCAGGGUCGAAGAGAUGGUGUUUCCUUGCAGCAAGAACCUGGAGCUCUGUAUGACCUCAAUCUGGAUGAAGAACUAGAAAUUGACCUUGAUGACGAGGCUAUGGAGGCAAUGUUUGGACAAGACCUAGCAAGCGAUAAUGAUAUUCUGGGAAUGUGGAUCCCAGAGGUACUGGAUUGGCCAACAUGGCAUGUCUGUGAAACAGACGAGAGGGAAGAGGUGGUAAUCUGUGAACUGUGUGAAUCAAGUGUACUUAGCUUCAAUCAACACAUGAAGAGGUAUCAUCCAGGCUGUGGGCAUAGUGCCAAUCGGCAGGGAUACCGUAGUAAUGGCUCUUACGUGGAUGGCUGGUUUGGAGGGGAGUGUGGCAGUGGGAAUCCAUACUAUCUGUUAUGUGGCAGCUGCCGGGAAAAAUAUUUGAGCCUGAAGAGCAAGCGUAAAGCAACUGCAUCAGAGAAGUACAAAGGACACGCUCCUGACUUGAUUGGCAAACAAGACAGUGUUUAUGAAGAAGACUGGGACAUGUUGGAUGUGGAUGAAGAUGAUAAGCUGACCGGAGAAGAAGAGUUUGAAUUCCUAGCCGGACCUCUUGGCCUUAAUGAUCGUAGGAUUGUACCCGAGCCAGUGCAAUUUCCAGACAGUGAUCCUUUGGGGGCCUCUGUAGCCAUGGUCACUGCCACCAACAGCAUGGAGGAAACACUGAUGCAAAUAGGCUGCCAAGGUGCUCUAGAGAAGAGCUCAUCAGGCAGAAUAACUCUGGGAGAGCAAGCAGCGGCCCUGAUAAAUCCUCAUGACCGUGUGAUGGCCCUACGCAGGGUAAUAGCGGCCGCACAAGUCCUGCUGGCACGUACCAUGGUGAUGCGUGCACUUUCACUACUGUCUGUUAGUGGAUCCAGUUGUAGCCUUGCUGCAGGCUUGGAGUCUCUGGGUUUGACAGAUAUCCGCACUCUGGUCCGCCUCAUGUGCUUGGCUGCAGCAGGUAGAGCUGGCCUCUCCACCAGUCCUUCAAUCUCACUGUCUAAUUCUGCCGACCGCUCACGUGGUUUACAUAGCAAAACCAGCAAACCUAUCUCCUGUCUAGCAUACCUGAGCACCGCUGUAGGCUGCCUGGCAUCCAGUACACCCAGUGCUGCUCGACUUCUCGUCCAGCUUUGUACCCAGAAUUUGAUAUCUGCAGCAACUGGUGUGAAUCUAACUACUGUGGAUGACCCUGUGCAGAGGAAAUUUUUACCAAGCUUUCUACGGGGUAUUGCUGAGGAAAACAAGCUGGUCACCUCUCCCAACUUUGUAGUGACACAAGCACUUGUAGCUCUACUUGCAGAUAAGGGAGCUAAAUUGCGUCCAAACUAUGACAAAGCAGAGAUGGAGAAAAGAGGUCCAUUGGAACUGGCAAAUGCAUUGGCUGCCUGCUGCCUGUCUUCGCGCCUUUCCUCACAACAUCGGCAAUGGGCUGCUCAGCAGUUAGUGCGCACCUUGGCUGCUCAUGAUCGGGAUAAUCAGAAUACCCCCCAAACUCUUGCUGAUAUGGCUGGAGACUUGAGAAAAUGUUCAUUUACUAAGCUGGAGGCACAUCAGAACAGAGUGAUUACCUCGGUUUGGUGUAAUAAGAAGGGUCUGUUGGCCACGAGUGGCUCUGAUGGCACCGUCAGAGUGUGGAAUGUGUCUAGAAAUCAGUAUUUUCUGCAGCAGACUUGUGUUUUCCAGAAACCAGAAGGAACUCCAGAAGAAGCUGACCCCGCUCUUUCUCCUGUCUGCUGGAGUGUUAGUGGGCGUUAUCUGGCUGCAGCCCUGGAAAAAACAAUCAACAUCUGGCAGCUCAAUGGGGGAAAAGGCCUUGUGGAUGUUCAGCCUCAUUGGAUCUCCUCAAUUGCAUGGCCUGAACAUUGUCCAGGAGGUGCAUGGCCAGGUGACCUACCAGAGUUUUUGUUGGUUGGCCGCAUGGAUGGUUCCUUGGGUCUCAUUGAGGUGACGGACGCUACCAGUAUGCAGCGUUUGGAAUUGGAACAUUGUUAUAGAAAAGAAGUGGCUGUUACUUGCAUUGCUUGGUUCAGUGAAGAUCAUCCAUUUGCAGUUGGGUACGCCGAUGGGAAGUUAUUGAUUGGAAACAAAGAGCCAGUUGAUAAAGGACAAGUCAUUCUCAUUGAUGCUCAUAAGGAAAUGUUUGUUAACUUGAAAUGGGAUCCAACUGGCCAAAUACUCCUUACCUGUGCUAAAGAAGACACUGUAAAGUUGUGGGCGAACAUAGAUGGCGGCUGGAAAACACUUUACUUCCUGACACAUCCAUCCUAUGUUAACACAAUAGCCUGGUGUGGAUUAGUGGGAAAGCCUGACAGCCCACAGCUCAUGCUAGCGACUGGAUGCCAAAAUGGUCUGGUGUGCGUGUGGACAGUUCUGCAGACCACUCUGGAUGCGUUUCACUCCAGAUCAGCAACAACAGAAGACUGGAAGGCGCAAAUUUCUAACAAGGAGUUUUGCAGGAAGCCUGAGGACAUCCGAUGUGCUUACAAGUUUAAAGGCCACAUUACUCCUGUCCGUACCGUGUCUUUCAGUCAUGAUGGGCUCGCCUUGGUGUCUGGUGGGCUUGGUGGCCUAAUGAAUAUUUGGUCCUUAAGGGAUGGUUCCAUUUUGCAGUCUGUUGUAACCGGCUCUGGAGCGGUGACCACCACUACUUGGAUUCCUGAAGUGGGAGUUGCUGCCUGCUCGAAUCGUUCAAAGGAUGUUCUGGUGGUAAAUUGCACACCAGAGUGGAUGUCCUCCAAUCACGUUCUAGCUACCUGCAGAACUGCGCUGAAGCACCAAGGGAUUUCAGGACUGAACAUGGCACCAUGUAUGCAAACUUUCUUAGAGCGCCUACCCAUCAUGCUUCAGGAACAGUAUGCAUAUGAGAAGCCUCACGUUGUGUGUGGGGACCAAUUGGUGCACAGCCCCUAUAUGCAAUGCCUAGCAUCAUUGGCUGUGGGAUUGAAUCUGGACCAGCUUCUGUGUAAUCCACCUAUACCUCCUCACCACCGCCUAGCCCCACCAGAGCCUGCCUCAUGGAACCCAGCAGAAUGGGCAUGGCUGGAGUGUUUUUCUACCACCAUUAAAGCAGCUGAAGCUCUGGCUAGGGGAGCACCAUUCCCGGAAUCCUUCGCUGUCCCCGACCUGGAACCAGUUCCAGAGGAAGAACUAACACUUCUAAUGGAUAACAGCAAGUGGAUUAAUGGGACAGAUGAACAAAUUAUGUCAUGGGCCAUCUCCAGGCCAGAGGAUUGGCAUCUUGGAGGCAAGUGUGAUGUAUUUCUGUGGGGAGCUGGACGGCAUGGACAACUAGCGGAGGCAGGCAGAAAUGUGAUGAUCCCAUCUGCAGCAGCCUCCUUCUCUCAGGCACAGCAGGUCAUCUGUGGUCAAAAUUGUACCUUUGUCAUCCAAGCUAAUGGCACUGUGUUAGCCUGUGGAGAGGGUAGUUAUGGUCGUCUUGGUCAAGGUAAUUCGGAUGACCUUCAUGUACUGACUGUCAUCUCUGCUCUUCAAGGAUUUGUGGUGACACAGCUAGUGACCUCCUGCGGUUCAGAUGGACACUCUAUGGCGCUGACUGAGAGUGGAGAAGUGUUUAGCUGGGGAGAUGGAGAUUAUGGAAAACUGGGCCAUGGAAACAGUGAUAGGCAAAGACGACCAAGGCAAAUUGAAGCUUUACAAGGAGAGGAGGUUGUACAGAUGUCUUGUGGCUUCAAGCACUCAGCCGUGGUGACAGCAGAUGGGAAACUUUUCACAUUUGGAAAUGGAGAUUAUGGUCGUCUGGGUUUAGGGAAUACAUCCAACAAGAAGCUGCCUGAACGUGUGACAGCCCUUGAAGGAUUUCACAUUGGACAGGUGGCCUGUGGGCUGAACCAUACUUUAUCUGUGUCUGCUGAUGGAUUACUGGUCUGGGCGUUUGGAGAUGGAGAUUAUGGAAAACUUGGCUUGGGAAACUCAACUGCAAAAUCUUCACCACAGAAAGUAGACACUCUGUGUGGAAUUGGCAUUAAGAAGGUGGCAUGUGGGACACAGUUCUCUGUUGCACUGACUAAAGAUGGCCAUGUCUACACGUUUGGUCAAGACCGUCUAAUUGGUUUGCCUGAAGGUCGAGCUCGGAAUCACAAUCGUCCCCAGCUGGUUACUGGUCUCCUGGGAAUCUUCAUUGAAGACAUUGCAGUAGGAGCAGAGCACACAUUAGCUCUCUCGUCUGCUGGUGAUGUGUAUGCUUGGGGUAGUAACUCAGAGGGUCAGCUUGGCCUUGGUCACACCAAUCAUGUACGUGAGCCCACUCUGGGCACAGCAUUACAAGGCAAGAACAUUCGUCAAAUCUCAGCAGGGCGAUGUCACAGUGCUGCAUGGACGGCCACUCCUGUACCACCACGUGCCCCAGGUGUGUCAGUGCCAUUGCAGUUGGGCCUCCCUGAUGUUAUACCACCACAAUACAGUUCUCUGAAGGACAUCUGUACCCACACAGUCAGAGCCAGACUACGGCUACUUUAUCAUUUCUCUGAUCUUAUGUAUUCAUCCUGGAGGUUAUUGAACCUCAGCCCCAACAACCAGAGUAGUGCAUCUCACUACAAUGCUGGGACAUGGGGUAUAGUACAGGGUCAGCUUAGGCCUCUGUUAGCACCCAGAGUUUAUACACUUCCCAUGGUCCGAUCUAUUGGGAAAACAAUGGUUCAAGGAAAGAACUAUGGACCUCAAAUUACUGUGAAGAGGAUCUCCACCAGGGGUAGAAAGUGUAAACCCAUAUUCGUGCAGAUCGCCCGCCAGGUGGUGAAGUUGAAUGCAUCUGACUUGCGCCUCCCAUCUCGGGCCUGGAAAGUGAAGUUGGUGGGAGAGGGUGCAGAUGAUGCAGGGGGAGUCUUUGAUGAUACAAUCACUGAAAUGUGCCAGGAACUGGAAACUGGAGUGGUUGAUCUUCUUAUUCCUUCACCUAAUGCAACCGCUGAAGUGGGUUAUAACAGAGACAGGUUCUUGUUUAACCCAUCUGCUGGAUUGGAUGAGCACCUUAUGCAGUUCAAGUUUCUUGGUAUCCUUAUGGGUGUGGCUAUCCGCACAAAAAAGCCACUUGAUCUGCACCUGGCCCCCCUGGUAUGGAAACAGCUGUGCUGUGUCCCUCUAACCCUAGAGGACCUUGAGGAGGUUGAUCUGCUGUAUGUGCAGACUCUUAAUAGCAUUCUUCACAUUGAAGACAGUGGCAUCACUGAGGAGAACUUCCAUGAGAUGAUACCCCUUGAUUCCUUUGUGGGUCAAAGCGCUGAUGGAAAAAUGGUGCCCAUUAUUCCUGGAGGGAAUAGCAUACCCCUGACCUUUUCUAAUCGCAAGGAAUAUGUAGAGAGAGCAAUCGAUUACAGACUGCAUGAAAUGGACCGACAGGUGGCAGCAGUACGAGAGGGAAUGUCAUGGAUUGUGCCAGUUCCCCUCCUUUCACUUCUCACUGCCAGACAACUAGAACAGAUGGUGUGCGGGAUGCCAGAGAUCUCUGUGGAUGUUCUGAAGAAAGUGGUGCGAUACCGAGAGGUUGAUGAACAACACCAGCUGGUGCAGUGGUUCUGGCAAACGCUGGAAGAAUUCUCUAAUGAGGAGCGAGUCUUGUUUAUGAGGUUUGUUUCUGGCAGGUCUCGACUUCCAGCUAACACUGCAGACAUUUCACAGCGCUUCCAGAUCAUGAAGGUUGAUAGGCCUCACGAUAGUCUGCCUACCUCACAGACAUGCUUUUUUCAACUCCGACUCCCUCCAUAUUCAAGUCAGCCAAUGAUGGCCGAACGCCUGCGCUAUGCAAUCAACAACUGCCGAUCCAUUGACAUGGACAAUUAUAUGUUAUCCCGUAAUGUGGAUAAUACUGAAGGAUCAGAUACAGACUACUGAGUUCCAGAUUUGAAUAUCCGCUCUCCAGAAGUGAAGGCGUGAAGUUCCACCAGGCAUUUUAGAACACCUGCAAUUGCUUUUUCUUUUAAUAACAGAGAAAACUUAUUUUAAUUUAAUUUCUCCCUGGGUCAUUGUAAAUGAAGGUAAAGUGAACUGACCCUUCCCUCUCUCGCUGAAUAGAAGUUGCAUGGAGAGCAGAUUUUCUGUUGAGGGACAGGGUAAGUGGCCAACGGACAUGGUAAGGUUUUCCAGAUGUCCCUGGUCAGUGCUGUACUUGAAUAUUGUACAUUGGUGCACUUAUUGUUCACCCUCAAGAACCGUUUUACAUGCUUAUUCCUAUUUAUUUUGUUUUAAUUUGGAAGUUGCCUGUGCAGGAUUAGUUAUGCAGGAAAAAAAUAAUAAACCCAACAGAA